AUGGGGAGUGGCGCUGGGAAGCACAAGUAUGAGGAAAAGACGGAAUCCAAGACCGUCAUUGUCGAGCCUAAGCCGGUACAAGAGGCGGCACCACCAAAGUUUAUGCGGUCGCUGUCUCCAAUGCCUGCAGAGCCUAUGCUCCUUUGCGCGGACGUCGGGGGUACCAACACUCGUCUCCAUUUGUUCCGAGUUCCGGAGACCUACACGGCGUUGGUGCCACCAGAGUGCAUGGUUUACCAGGCCAAGUAUUCCAAUGUUCAGUACGAUUCUUUCACAGAGGUCGCGCAAGAUUUCUUGAAGAAAGCUGCACACAGCACCUCGGUGGGGCUUGGAAUGCCUCCGCCUUACCUGGGCUGCUUUGCCGUGGCCGGCGUAGUCGUAGACAACAGGUGCAACCUUGUGAACCUGGGAUGGAAGAUGGAUGGGAAUCAAAUUGCCGAGGACCUGGGAAUGAGGGAGGUGUACCUGAUGAACGACUUUGAAGCGCAAGGCUAUGGCAUCCUCACCCUGGACCACAAGACGGAGUGCGACGUGCUGCAGGAGGCACCGGUGGUCCCCGGCGCGCCCAUCGCGCUCCUGGGAGCCGGCACCGGCUUGGGCGAGGCCUUCAUGACCACGGGCGAGAACGGUGACUACGAGGUCUGGCCCUCGGAGGGUGGCCACAAGGAGUUUGCACCUCGGCAAGAGGGCAGUACGAAUCUUCAGACCGAGAUGAUGCAGUACCUGCAGAUCCGCUUCAGCGCCAAGUCGAGAAUUAGUGUGGAACGCAUCGUCAGUGGAAGAGGUAUCGCCAACAUCUACCAGUUCAUGGCGUGGAAGUUUCCAGACAAGCUUAAGAAGGAGGUGCACUCCAGGUUCGUCAAGAACGGGCAGGAUCCUGCCGUCAUCGUGGAGGCUGCCCGAUCUGGAGAGAGCGAGCUGAGUCUGAAGACCAUGGACCUCUUCGUUGGAGCCUACGGCUCCGAGGCCGGUGUCAUGGCGCUGAAGCUGAUGCCCUUCGGAGGCCUCUACGUGACUGGCGGCGUUUCCGCCAAAACUCGUGACUUCAUUCUGGGGGAGAAGGGGACGCCGCAUGCCUUCAUGGACGCCUUCUUGGACAAAGGGCGAGUUUCCACUAUGCUGACCAGAGUUCCUGUCUUCCUCUGCCGGGGCGAAGAUAUGGGAGAGCGCGGUGUGAAACUGAAGGCGAUGCGAAUGUUUGCAGAGGCUCUGCAGCGGCGACAGCAAUCUAAAGGACGGCAGCAGUACACCGGCUGA